UUUUUGUUCCGUUUUGUAAUAUAGUGAAUUAUUAUUUAUUAGUGAAUGGUGUCCUAUAAUUUUUUUGUUUUAGUUGCUGUUGACAGUCUUUAAUUCAAGAUUAAAUUAUUAUCAUUUUAUUCAAUAAAACUUUACUUAUUGGUGUCAUGUCUUGAAUUAUAAUCCUAUAGUUUUUCAUGGGCUGAAGUUUUAUUAUGGAUAAACUAACCGUAAUAUCAGGAACAUUAUUCUUGUUGGCAGAUGUGUUUGCUAUCAUCAGCUUAGCUAUGCCAGAUUGGAUUAUAACAGAUGUAGGAGGCGACACAAGAUUAGGUUUGAUGUGGACAUGUAUGACUCUCUACAAUAGACCACAAGUAUGCUUCACUCCUGAUCUAAGACUUGAAUGGUUGUUAGCUUUGGUCAGUAUUUUCAUUGGUUGCAUAUGUAUUACUACCACCAUCAUUUUGCUGGCUUCAUCACAUUGGGAUCGUAAUGUUAUACCAUAUGCCCGUUGGGUAGGAUUUACAGCCAUGGUACUGUUUUGUUUUGCUGCUGUUGUAUUUCCAAUGGGUUUUCACAUACCAGAAAUCGGUGGUCAACCUUAUCAACUUCCAAACAGUCAUCAAGUUGGCAUUUCAUAUAUUUUGUUUGUAUUAUCGCUCUGGGUAACUGUAAUAUCAGAGUUAUUUGCUGGCAAAGUAUGUUUACCCCAUUUUUGAAGAUAUUUGUACAAUGAAUGGCUGUUAUUGAACAAUCUAUAUGAUCUCAAAUUUGACAGAAAAAUAAAUAAGUUCUGUUAAAAAAAAAUAUAUAUAUUUUACAGAUUUGA